UUCGCUGCCCCCCUUCCCCGCUUUGGCUCUCAUCCGCCAUCUUGAAUUCCGCUCACUCAGACCCGCGCCUGUCUCGCGGCCACCGCACGUACCUUACGAGUGAAUUAACGCCAACUAACUAAAUAGUGUAUUAAUGUGAUUUAGUGACAUGUUGUGAUAGUGUAGUGACGAAAUGGAGUCGACUCCGAUUUGUAGGUGCCGUGUCCUAUAUUUAGGCUCCGCAGUGCCUCAGCAGAGUAAGGACGGCCUGCAAGGCAUUCAGGAACCUUUGCGUGAGUUGUAUCCGGAAAAGGGAGCGACCACCGGCGGGAUAGAUUCGUGGCUGUCCGUCUGGUCGAACGGCAUCUUGUUGGAGAAUGUCGAUGAGAGUGGGUCUAGAGUGGCGAGGUUUUUUCCGAUAUCGAGUUUACAUUAUUGUGCGGCUGUUCGACGGGUGACCGUAGAGGGUGCACCGAGGUUUUUACCCCUGGAUUCACCGUUCGCUCGAGCGCCUGCUCCGCGACGUCCUCCUUUAUUUGCGGCGGUUUUACGUCGUACGCAAGGCAUAAAGGUAUUGGAAUGUCACGCCUUCAUCUGUCGUCGUGAGGCAGCCGCCAACGCACUAGUCCGAUGUUGUUUUCAUGCGUAUGCUGAUAGUUCGUAUGCCAAACGUUUGGAGGCGGAGCGAGCACCGCCGCAAUUACCUCCUGAACAUGAAGAAGAGCUCGAAGUUUUUGAUGGAGAUGAAAAUCAUAAAGUGUGGGUUGGAGAGGUCGAACGUGACGAUACGAGUGACGACAUUCCGCACCCGACGCGAGCACCGCGACCUCGACAGAUCACACGACCUGCGUCUGUGCCUCCGCCCCCUCCUCCGCCUGAGGAACCUAAAAAGAAGUCGACUACAAAGAAAACAAAGAAAAAAUCGUCUGCAUCGGCGGAUGAAUUAUAUGCCACAAUGCCUGGGCCGGCGCCAGUAAUGAAUGGAAGGUCAUUAGGACGCGCGCCUCCAGCGUGGGCGGCUGCACAUCCCAUGGUAUUGGUGGCACAUCCAGCAGCCACACUGCCGCAUGCACGACCGGCUACGUUAGGACAUAGAGGACGUGUGCCGGCGGCUUUAGCACCGGGUCCUUAUAUGGCCGGUCCUCCUCCUCCAGGGAGAGGACGUUUACAAUAUGCUACUGUCGAUCCUCGGCGUUCAAAACCACCACAACCGGCUAUGAAAGCUGCCCAGAGCAUGACAGGACUAGAGGCAGUAGAUGAUGCAGGCGGUAUAUAUAGAAAAAAAGGACAUUUGAAUGAGCGAGCAUUUUCAUACAGCAUAAGACAAGAACAUAGGAGUCGGUCUCACGGAUCUCUCGCCAACUUGAAGUUUGCUGCUCCACCUGAGGUGGAGUCAGGUCGCGAGGAACUGAAGAAAGAGCGAGAGAUCAUGCAGCUGGUAGCCGGUUUACAGCUAGGUCCCGACGAGGUGGAGCGGCGGGAAGUACCACCGCACUUGCUCAGGGCGAGGCAUGCACCCAGAUAACACUACGCCAUGGCAGCCGCGGUGCCAUCUCUCGGAUGAAUAUAACCACGCUGUGCGCUUGCGCCACUGAAAAGCUCAAAUACCCCAAUCUGAAUAGAAAUUACGAAUAUAAUACCAACCAAAUAUUUUUGUGCUGCUGUUCCAAACUUUACGUCUGGACAAUAAGGUUCAAAUGCAUUGUUAUAGAUGCAUAAAUGAUCAUACAUUCGAUCGUAAAAUCGAAUUGUCUUUAUCUUAGUAACGAUUAGUCACGAACAUAUUACGGUCUAUAUAUAGUUCUAGGUUUAUUCGUUUCAGUGUCCGAAUUCUAGUGCGUGUUACAAUUGCAAAUCGAUUUAAACGUGAUCGAACUUUGUGCUAAUGUAACAAGGUUCGAUUUGAUAAAAUCUUAAAGGAAUCCUAAUCGCUACGCCUACUAGAAUUCGGGCCUAGAUAUUAUAUUUUCAAGAGGUGUACAUAAGUUUAAUUUACGUUUUUCACGCUUAUUUCUACAUCAUUAAGCUAGUUUCUACAACAAUCAUUAGAAAAAAGAUAUUUGAUAUUUAUUAGAUGCCUUGGUAGAAAUUUUGUAUUCUUUUAUUUUUUGCGCUAAGUUACCCAUUUACAUCGCCAAUUCUGAACCCAUUUUGAUAUUUUUUUUGCAAUAGAGAGCAAGUGUUUACUUUUGUAUUGAUCCCAUAUUAAUUUUGUGACGGUUAAAGUUGCCAUUUUUCAUUGCUAAGCAACACUUAUUUGUAGUCACACAUUUUUUUUUCUAAUUUUAAAUGUCUUCAGAAUUACCAAAUAUGUCAAAAAACAGUGAUUUCAAUUAUGACAAAAUACAGUCGAAAUAUCUGUGUUUUACUACGAUUGCAGUAACUGUUUUUUUUUUGUGGAGCAAAAAGCACUCAUGUGUGAUAAUUUCGACAAAGAUUACGUGUGUACAUCAAUUAUUAUGUUUCGCUGAGAUUUAUUCGUUGCGAAAGACUCGCUUAAAGUAUCUACAAUAAUUGAGUGAUUCUUUAGAAGAUAAAAAGUAUGCAUUUCAGUAAUUUGGAUUAAUAUAUUUAGUGCCUAAUUUGUGAUUAAACACUUAUAUAAAUUAUUAAUGAAAAAUAAGCGUAUAAAGGUGGAAGAUAAAUGAGAUCAUGAAUUUAACCGAAUUGUCUAUAUAUAAUUAUAAUAUUAUUAGUGUGAUUCAAAGAAUCUAUGUUCCUGUAUAUAUAAUCUGUUUCAACGGAAAUUAAAGAAAAAAAAUGCCCUCUAAAUGAAAUUAGUAAUAUAAAGUAAUACUCAAUCAAUUAGUUGAUUCUUUUUAUUUAUACUACAAUUGGACAUCAGCAUCUUAUAAUUGGGUUAAUUAUUCGUUUGUUUAUAUUAAGUUCUAUUAAAAGAGACCACAGGUAUUGCGUGUUUUCAUUCGAGGUAAAACAAUAAGUAAAUUGUAUUUUUUAAGUUUAAAAUAUUGUUCUCUAAAGUGUUAUUCUACCCAUUCAUGACCUCUUUGAAUUUAAUUUCUUAAAUCUAUACCUACAAAUUUAUAUUUAUAAGUACAGAAGCGAAGGGUAUUGUAAAAUAGAUAGAUUGAAGUAGAGGUAACGAUGAAAUCACAUUAAUUAGAAAAUUAGCUGUCCGCCCUUCUUUCGUACGCGUGUCUAAGGAAGAAAAUGAGACCAAAUCUUUUACAGUUACUUUCUUCUGUCCCACUCAUACAUUUUUUUAUGACUUUUUCACGAUCUUUUAAAACAUUUUUUUUAUUAUUUCGUAUGAUUUUUUUUUAUUUACAUUCACACAAACCUUGUCUUGACAAUUACAAACACAACAAAAAAGGACUAGGUUAAUAAGUAAAGUCAUUCUAAAGUGCUGCAAAUGAUUUAUAUUUAUAUAGAUUAAAACCUCUUAUUCAUAAAACGUCAAACUUUUUAUAAACUUAUUUGAUCUGUUUUGAUUGUCUUUUUCUUUAGCACAAAUUUCUUAAUUUGAAAGACCUUAAUAGCAUAAAUAGGUUUGUAGGACGUUUUAGUUUUUAUAAAUAAUGAGGUUUAAUUUUCAUAGAAACCUAUCGUAAUAUUAAUUAGUGGUCGCGCUCACUACUAUGAAUACGACCACUAGGAUUUCACUAGGUAUUCCUACUCAAAACGAAAUAUUAGUUCAAAACGAAAGCAAAUAUUUGUAAGUUUUUCUAUUUUUCUGAGAAUUUCAGCAUUAAUAAAGAUAUAAGCGUAAGUCUAUAGUACUGCAAUCCUUAUAUUCUGUAUGUAACGCACACACACAUACAUAUAAUAUGGGAUCGAUAAGGAAGAGCUAUUCUCUAUCUCUAAAACUGAAAUUUUACUUUGAUAUUACAACGAACUUAUUACUGUGAAGUCUAGUACAAAAUAAAUUUUCGUUAAUCCGUAAUAUAACAAUUUGAUUAAACUAUUAAAUUAAAAUUUCAGUUUCAGAGACUAGUUCAUAAUUAUUACUUAUUGAAAUUACAGAAUAACUUUUUUGUUUCGGCUAUGGGAAUAUUUUGUUGUGUUAAGUAGUCAUCUAACAACUUCAUCCACUUCAAAAAAUCCUUUUUUCACUAAAUGUCUCCAUUUUUUAUAUUGAUAGAUUAAUACUUUCAUUCCUAGUUCGUAUAACAUAUCUACUCGUCCUAGUAUUUUUGUAUUUGCUUGCUUGUUGAUAUUUUAACAAGCAACGUAGAUAGAUAAUAAAUUUUGUUGUUUAAUUGCAUUCGUUAUGUCGUAACACGUUUUCAACGUUUAUUUUAUUACUCGUAAGUUGAUACAGUAGAAUCUCGAUUAUCCGAUUCAAAUAAAACCAGGCGUAUUCCGUAUAAUCGAAAAGUCGGAUAUUCGAUUUCAAAGUCAAAUCAAACAAUAAAUUUAAAAAAUUUUUAUGUAGAAAGUUUUAUAUACAUUAUUAGACAAUACGAUAUAAUUACGACCUAUAAAGAUAAUGGAUUACAUAAUAACUAUUUACUCAAUUGAUACAUAAUACCAUUUCUAAAUUGGUAUAAGGUAUAAGGUAAAAAAUUAGAGCCGUAAAAAAAUUCUAGAUAAUCGAAUAUUCGAAUAAUCGAUGUUCAAAUAAUCAAGACUCUUACUGUAUUUCAAUGAGGACUGUAUUUACGAUUAUUUAACUUUUUAGAACUAAUAUUAUCAUGUAAAUAGUCUUAAUAAAGAGUAAUAACUACAGAAGAAGUGUAUUUUAUCAUGAAAAUAAUGUAGGCUGUACGUGCCAUUAAUGUUAUCUUGUUUUUACUAUUAUUUAAUUAUUGAGAGUAAUCGCAGUUAUGCAAAUGUAUUAUAUUAAUGUAUUACCGUAUGUAUAUAGAGAUAUAAAUUGCGAGGUUUCAACGAGUAGACAACGAUGUAUCCAAUUUUUAUAUUACUUCAAUAAAUGUAGUUUUUAAUUAA